AUGGCCGUCACCCGCGACAUCCUCAAUGCCUAUGUCUGUGCCGAGCCGCCGCAGCGGUACUACCACCUGGGAUUCAGCGAGGCCGCCUGGUACUACCGCCGCGACGUACGAGUGGAGACGGCGCCGGGCGGCUGCGGCAGACCGGCAAGGCUGGUGUCGCUGCCCGGACUGGCCUACUUCAACGACCCCACCAGCCCAAGGGUGCUGGAGAGGGUGAGCGACGCUGCGUGUAGGAAGGCGUCCCUGGAUGAGUGCGGGUCCGCGGCGGUGCAGUUCGUGUACGGCACCGACGCCGGCGCCGGCUUCUGCUACUUGCAGUCUGAGGUGCGCUGUUGCGCGGAUCGAUAG